GGGGUGGAGAAAUCAUCUUCCCUUUGCGAUUUUUAAUCCUUCAACGGCGAUAGUGGUCGUCAGCUACUGUAUCCUGCACCGCGAAAAGCAGCUGACCGGUCAACCGACUCCACCACCUCCUCUCUCACGAGACCACACCCCUUCCUUUCACUUCCAACUUCCCCGACAUGGAGCCCAUCAAGGUUCAGUCAGAAGGUGGCCUAAACGUGACCCUCACCAUCAGGCUGCUGAUGCAUGGAAAGGAGGUGGGAAGCAUCAUAGGAAAGAAAGGAGAGACUGUGAAGAAAAUGCGCGAAGACAGUGGCGCCCGCAUCAACAUCUCAGAAGGGAACUGUCCAGAGCGGAUAGUGACCAUCACCGGGCCGACAGACGCCAUUUUCAAGGCAUUCGCCAUGAUUGCCUACAAGUUUGAGGAGGACAUAAUCAACUCCAUGAGUAACAGUCCGGCCACCAGUAAGCCUCCAGUAACCCUGAGGCUCGUCGUUCCUGCCAGCCAGUGCGGCUCCCUGAUCGGCAAAGGCGGUUCCAAAAUCAAAGAAAUGAGAGAGUCGACGGGAGCUCAGGUCCAGGUGGCAGGCGACAUGCUGCCCAACUCCACAGAGAGAGCGGUGACCAUCUCCGGGGCGCCGGAAGCCAUCAUCCAGUGUGUCAAACAGAUAUGUGUAGUGAUGCUGGAGUCCCCACCGAAAGGUGCCACCAUCCCCUACCGCCCAAAGCCUGCCUCCACCCCUGUCAUUUUUUCAGGUGGCCAGGUAAGAGCAGACCCACUGGGGGCGUCCACAGCCAACCUCAGCCUCUUACUGCAGCACCAGCCACUGCCUGCUUACACCAUUCAAGGACAGUACGCCAUCCCUCAUCCAGAUCAGUUGAGCAAGCUCCACCAGUUGGCUAUGCAGCAAACCCCCUUUACCCCCCUCGGACAGACCACCCCUGCCUUCCCCGCAGCAGGUCUGGAUGCCAGUAACCAGGCCAGUACUCAUGAACUCACCAUUCCCAAUGAUCUAAUAGGCUGCAUAAUCGGACGCCAGGGAACCAAAAUCAACGAGAUCCGUCAGAUGUCUGGGGCGCAGAUCAAAAUUGCUAAUGCCAUGGAAGGGUCAUCGGAGCGCCAGAUCACCAUCACAGGGACCCCCGCCAACAUCAGCCUGGCUCAGUAUCUCAUUAAUGCAAGGUUCAGAGACGUGGCUGCCAUGUGGAAUGACCCAUCAUCCAUGACCACAUCCUGAGAUCCCUGACUGGCUCCUCCGUUUGGCCCUUUCCAUUGACCGACUACCGCAGACAACCCUGAUGAAGCCCCUCGGACUCUGGCUCUGGCUCUCCGAAAUCCCUGACCGCCUCACUGCUCUGGUUUACCCUAGAUCAGAGAGGUUUUGGUGGCCGCUUAUAUUUCAGAAAGCCAAAUUAAAUCAAAGAUUUAAAAAAAAAAAAAAAAAAAAAGGCAUACAAGAAACUGUUGAUUAGUUUUUUUUAGAGAACUGUUAAAGCAUGUUGAAUGUUUAUUAGAACAAUCUGUGUUCAUUUUUCUUGGUUCUCUUUUCGUCUAUUGCUUUUAUAAAUAUCUUUCAUUGCUGCGUCAUAGAACAUUUAAAAAGUAUUAGCAAACGACUGAAGAUUUUUGUAGAACGUAGGUAUCUGUAUAUUACUAAACAGCUGCUCAGUGAUGCUAUCGGCAGAGUGUGUGGUGGGAUGUAGCCAAAUGACUCAAGUUUAAUUACAUAGUUUCAAAAGUAAAAAAUAAAUAAAUAAAAAAUUGGAUUGUUCCUUGUCGAAUCUCUGCCCAAGACUCUUUGCUGCAUCACAUGACCCUUUGAAGCCAAUGGUAUCACUCCUCCAGCCUCCCUUCUCAUGUUAAUUUCCUCUAUUUACAAUAUUAAUUAUACUGCAUGUGUUCAGUAUUGUGUCGUUGCGUAUUUGAGUAGAAAAAGAAAACCUGCUCCGUGUUUGUGCUUCAUGAGAUGUUGCUGUCAUAUCUUUGUGACCCUGUUUCUUUUCCAUAAACCUUUGCAGCAUUUUCGACCGUUCACGUCCAGUCCUACUCCCCGCCCAGACAGAAAGACUUUCCAACAUCGCCUCCGAUUAAUCGUAGCUAUAUACUGUAGAUGCAUGGAUGAGAAUUAGUGAAAAUCAGUGACGUCAGACACUGACGAAAAAUUUUAAUGAUUGUUUACUAACUUAUUAUGUAUUUUUUUUUGUACAAGGACUAUUGUGACUUGUCAUAUUAGUCGACUACGCGGCGCUCAUGCAAUAGACUACUCAACACUUUACUCUGGACUGCCUCUGGUGUGGGAGGAUUAGUUGGACUUCAAAGUCAGGUGCUGUCCAAACGUUUAGGGUUUUUCGGCCAACUUCGAAGAGGCUUAAAUGGGUGGACACAUGGUACUUUUGGGGCCAAGGAAUGUUCAGGGGUUCAUUGGGGGGAACCCGCAGGGCCUGGGCGGACGUGACCACUCAGUCUCUUUUUCAUGAUUGUUCAUCUUGUCAUGUUUUGUCAUUGUCACGCAGUUGAUUUGACGCUUUAGUUUUGAAUGUCUUUUCAUUGUCACAACCACGUCAGCAACUUAAUUGUUUUUGUAAAGGACAAGUUGGAUGACAAUUUCUGCUUUGCUGGUUUUUCAUUAAGCCAGGAUGUAUUUAUCUGUAGUGUUGUGAUGCACAUAUUUUUUUGUUUGCUAAGCUAAGUUUGUUUUGGCUGUAUUGUACCUAAUAUGAGAAGGAGGUGUGGAUGAUAUUCGGUCAACUUAAGUAAUUCAACUAUCCAUUGAAUAUGCUACUUGUUCAGGAUGCUCUACAGAUGCUAAACAACUUGCGUGAUCUUCUUUUAGAGCUUCUGCUAAGUUCAGUUCAGCAUUGAACAAUUCUUGAAUGUUGUUGUUGAAGCACAUUAACUCUAAUCUUUCACAAACGCUUUGCAUUUGCGGUAGAUUUAUUCCUACACCCGCCAAUAUUUUUUUAUUUCUAGUCAUAAAUUUACUACAAAAGGAAAAAUCUGACUUUUUGGGAACACUGUUACUGCUACAUCAACUACUGCUAGCUCUCAGCUAAAUUAGUAUUACACCGGAAAUAGAAAAUGACUAUCUAAAUGACCUGAAAUUUAUUAAUCUACAUCAAAAUUUUUUUUAGGAUAACUAAUGUUAGGCUACCCAACACCAAGUCUGAAAGCAAGAAACUGUAAUUCAAUGUUUUAUAAGAUAUUGAAUUUCUGUGAACACUUUUUAUUUUAAACUAAUCAAGCAUCACCUUGAAUAUGAAUAAUUUCCUUUAGGAUUGUGAAUGGCUGUUAGGGAUAGUAGGAGUGGAAUAAAUCUAGCAUAGGGCAUUUUUGAAUUUUUAUAAGUUGUUACAUUUUUGCGAAUAUUUUUAACUAAUUAAACAGCAUAUUAAAAGUCAUCCACAUUCUUAAACAAUAUUAGUGCUUAUUGGCUACCAUAGAAGUUAAAAUUAGUAGUUAGCUCAAAGUUUGUUGCACUUUUAUUUAGAAAAAUUCUAAAUUAAAAUUCAUUAAAAGUUCUGAUAGUUAUAUUUGUGAAUUGUAUGUAAAAAUUUAUAUUUAUAGCUUUCCAAAAUAACAUCAACACUUGCUAGAAAAAUGUCUCUGUCGGCUGGCUAGCUUAAUAGUUUGCUCUAGCUGUGACUAAGCUAAAGCCAGGAAAGUCUAAAUUGUAAAACUUGUAACUUGUAAAAUGCAUGUUUUAAAAGUUUUCUUUUACCAUCACAUUAAGCAUUAAUGUUUCUAAAGUAAUUUCACUCCUUGAAAAAUUUUCCUCUAAUGGCCAGCUAGCAUAAUACUUAGCACUGGCUUUGGCUAAGCUAUGUUAGCUUGAUUAAAACCCAGAAAGGUCUACAUUUAAGCCCAAGUGUGGCGUUUGUGUUUUACAAGUUUAAUAUUCUAGUGAAUACUAAAGCAUCAGAUUGAAUACUGAUACCUUUUGAAAAUAACAUAAAUGCUUGACAGCAAUACGCCACUCUUGGUUAGCUGGCUUACUUGUCAUCAUUGGCAGUAGUUAUACUAAGUUGACAGACAGCUAAAAGUAAUGUCCAGCUUGAAACAUUAUUUUCCAAACUCACUUUUCCUCUCAAUAUUCAGUGCUUUGAUAACAAAAUGAGACUAUGUACAUGGACCAAAUGCUGUUUAAAUCUACUAAAAGAUACACAGUCAAUGAAUAUUCUGCAAUAACUCUUUAUUUUUUAAUGUAUAAUCAAGUAGUCGUGGUAGCCUUGAAUGGAUUUGUGUUUCUUUUAAUUUUUCUCGUAAUUUCUUGUAUUUAAGUGGGAAUGUUUGUCUAAUCAAAGUAAAAAAGAAAGAAAUUAUGUUUUUAGGACAGUUUGCUAAUACCAGACAGAGAAUUCUUUCUGCGUUACGCGUAAACAGAGAAUACCCUGGAGGUUGAUGUGGCUUUUUUUUACAACGGUUUUCAGUGCAUGUGUACGAUCGAAAUGUUCGCUUUAACAAUCAGUACUGAUUAGCUGUUUCUAUCACAGCUGACUGUGCAUUAAACAAAUGGUUUUGUUGUAUAUUUUGGAACUGAUUGCAAAGCAUAGCUAUUAAGUUGUAAGGCUAAGUAAUGGCAGUGCGAGUUCAAUAACAUCAGUAUUCAUGUGUUACUCAGUGUUUGAAAAUUGUAUUUACAUUUGUGUAUAUGCCUGAGUAUGCCACAACUUUGAAACAAACUGCAACUAAUGCAAUAAUAGGGUGCAAUGUGCAAUUAUUUAAUCGGUUAUUUCUUUAUUUGCUUGGUAGAUACAGAAGAGCUGUGUAGCCUGUUGAAAAUGCUUUUAUUUUAUCAACGUUUAGAGUGGCAGUAACGGCUGGAAGAAAAAGAUUCAUCAGAUUCUUUUUGUUAGUUUUGUUCAUGUGUAUUGCAGUUUGGAGCUGGAGGGGCGGGGUGGUGAUGGAACUUUGUAACUAUUUUCAAUUGAUUUAUUUGCUAUGUGCAGAUCUAUAUUAGUUGUGAGUAAUUACAUAGGUUUUAAUUUUAAAGUGUUAGUAAGACUAAAAAUCAAAUAAAGUUUCAAUUUUUUCCUUCUGA